UCUCUCUCUCUCUAUAAAUGACCCCCACUCUCAUGCUAUGGAACAAGCAGGAACACUCAAUCUUUGAGAGAGAGAGAGAGAAAGAGAGAGAUGGCGAGGUGGGUGUGCGCAUGGCUGGUGCUUGUUCUCGUGGCAACGACCCAAGCAAGUGCACGUAAGGUUCCGAGGGACGCUGGUCCGAACGACGACGCGUCGGUGCAUGCAACUGCAUCCAAAAAGCGAAGCGGUGAGGUUACGAAGGAGGAGACGGUCAUAGUGCACGCGAGUGGGCCGGAAACGGCAGCCGCAGCGGAGGCGCCGGGCGGCGGCGUGGAUGACAAGAAGAAUUUCAUUGCCUUCGGCGGCAUUGGCGGGUUCGCAGGAGCUGGCGGGUACACCGGGAUUGGCGGUGUCAUGCCGACCCUCGGUGGUGGCGGUGGGAUUGGCAAAGGAAUCGGAGGAGCUGCUGGAAUAGGCGGUGUCGCUGGGGUUUUGCCUCUUGGGGGUGGCAGCGGGUUGGGCGGCGUGGGCGGCCUCGGAGGUGGGGCCGGCGGCAUGGGCGGUGUAGGCGGCCUCGGAGGUGGGACUGGCGGCGUGGGCGGUGUAGGUGGCCUCGGAGGCGGAGCCGGUGGCGUGGGCGGUGUAGGCGGUCUCGGAGGUGGGGCCGGCGGUUUAGGUGAUCCACCCGGCAGCGGGGCCGGAGGGGUAGGCGGUGGGACCGGUGGAGUUGGUGGAUUGGGGGGUGUUCCGGGUGUUUUUCCUUGAUUAAAUUUGAGCAUUCCUAGGUGUUUGUCACAUUUAAUCUUCUUGAAACCUAAUUUUAGUGUCGUGGUCUUUGAGUGUCGGUCAUUGUCAAAUAAAGAAGUUUAGGAUUACUGUUUAGGUUAUGGUCGUUGAUUAGGAGUGUGGAGGACAUUGUUGUCCUCAUUCGAGGUUGCAGGUGAAGUCCUUUCUUCCAUUCUCAUUUAGGGUUUGUUGCAUUUUGUCAUUGUACUUCGAUAUAUCAACGCACGC